UUAAUAAGUCGUUACGAAAAAGUUGAUUCGCAAGGAAGUAAUUAUUACCUUUUGACGGACUCUUGGACAAUUAAUUCUUAAAAUGAAUAAUCUCUUAAUAGGAUUGGAAUCUCUAAAAAUUACAAGCGAUAUUUCUGAGGAAGACUUAUGGACUGGAUGCAUUGAUCUUAUUCAAAAGAGUUAUGUUACUGAGAUAACCGUCGGUGUUAGUCGUCCAUGCGAGGAAAAAGAUUUUAGAGAGUAUAGACAAAUUAUAGACAAAAAUUUGCAAAAUAUCAAGUUUAUGCUUCAGCAUAUCAUUCACUGUCGUAAUGAAAAAACCAUACAAAUAAAGCCAGACACAUUAAUAGUAAAGACAUUUACUAUUAAUCUAUUAUUACUCAUUGGAGAACAUCAUGAAAAAAAUGUUUGGAACAAUGCAGAAUCUGUGUUUAUCUCUAAAGAGCUGCAAAGCGAAAUCUUGGGGUUACAUAGAUGUGAAAGUAUUUCACAACUUUUAAUGGAACAAGAUAACUUUAUCACAGUAUUAUUAGCAUUAAGGCCUAAAUUAUUGAAAGAUUCUUGGAAAACUUAUCCAGCAGCUGUCGUAUGUUACAAAUGGAUUUUAUAUCAAAUCGAGAAACCAGUUUUAUAUAAUCAUAUUGGUGAUGUGCUUCCAACAGCUUUAAUAAUUGUUGAUGAUUAUGUGCCAGAAAACGUUGUACUAGGGCUUGAAUGUUUAUAUCAAAUUAUUCAGCAUUCUCACUUGAAAAAAGGAUUGAUUGAUACUGGAUAUGCCAAAGUGGUUUUUCAUACUUUAGAGAAUUUAAGUCAUCAAAGAGAAGCCAAAUAUGUAAUUUUGAUAUAUAAAUGUUUAGCAAAUUUAUUAGCUACCAUUGAACAUUGGGAUAAUACAUUAAAUGUAUUUGAGUGGACAAGGAGGGAUGAUAUUUUAGCUGUUCUGUUGGAUAAUAUGGAAUUUGAACAAAAUGUGGAAUUGAGACGUGUGUAUAUGUUGAGCUUGCCUCAAUUCUUAACUAAUAUUGGUUGUGCCAAGUGGUGCGAAAGAUUAACAAGAAUACUUUCUGAAUAUUGUGAACAUCAUACAGAUUUAAGAACAUUGAAAGCAACAUUAGAGACUGCAAAAACCUUCCUAUUAAUGUUUCAUCUUCGAGUGGCAGCUCACUGUGUACCUCUGUAUACUGCUUUCUUGAAACUGCAUUUUGAUUUAGCUAAAACUCCAGUAUUUGAUAAGGAAAUAAUGCAAAACUUAGAAGAUUGUAUUUGUUUAUUAUAUAAAUUAUCUCCAAAUGUUGGUUAUGCAGUAAUGAAUGAUGAUCGAAUGCGUUCGGUGAUAACAAAUAGUUUACAAGUAGCAUGUUUAGGAGAUACUAAGUAUUUUCAGUGAAUGAACGCUGUAAAUUAAUUAAAUCAUGGGCUAUAAUAUUUAAAAAAAGAAAAUAUUUUUUGUAGUUUCAUAGAAUAUAGUAUGAUAAAAUAUAAUAG